UCGUGAAUUUCACUGGCUGACAGCAGGCGCAACUUCCGCUCUCAACUCCUCCUUUGUCUGAGUCCUUUCGGUCCUCCGCCUAGUUAUUUAUUUAUUUCAUUUUCGUUUGUGGGGUAUAUUUUUAUAUAUCCUUAUCUCUCGGUUAUUGAAUGACAUUCGAUUCCGACACAUAUAUGCCUAAAAGCAAAGCCCCCAAAAUGGAUGAUCUGGACUACAUCCCAGCGGACCUGAGCCCAGAGGAGCGCUCCGAGCUGGAGGAGAUCCGGCGCAGAAAAGGAGCGCUGCUUCUUGAGAUCCAGAGACUGAAAGAGGAGCUGAGAGAAGCCAUUAUAGAGGUGGAGGGGCUGGAGACCAGCACAGAGGGCAGCAAAACAUUACAGAAGAGUCGACAUGUGGCCAUGGGCAGGAAAAAAUUCAACAUGGAUCCGAAAAAGGGCAUUGUGUUCCUAGUGGAGAAUGAGCUUCUCAGACACACUUCAGAGGACAUUGCUCAGUUUCUGUACAAAGGAGAAGGACUCAAUAAAACUGCAAUAGGAGACUAUUUGGGUGAAAGAGAUGACUUCAAUAUUAAAGUAUUGCAGGCUUUUGUUGAUCUUCACGAAUUCACAGAUCUGAACUUGGUACAAGCACUUCGGCAGUUUCUGUGGAGUUUCCGCUUGCCAGGCGAGGCUCAGAAAAUCGACAGGAUGAUGGAGGCCUUUGCGCAAAGAUACUGUCACUGCAAUCCUGGAGUCUUCCAGAGCACAGACACUUGUUACGUGCUGUCGUUUGCCAUCAUCAUGCUGAACACUAGUCUGCACAACCCCAAUGUGCGGGACAAGCCCACGGUGGAGCGAUUCAUCAGCAUGAACAGAGGCAUCAAUGAUGGGGGAGAUUUACCAGAGGAUCUGCUCAGAAAUCUGUACGACAGCAUUAAGAACGAGCCUUUUAAGAUCCCAGAGGAUGAUGGGAAUGACCUGACGCACACCUUCUUCAACCCUGACAGAGAAGGCUGGCUCCUCAAACUGGGAGGUCGUGUGAAAACAUGGAAGAGGCGGUGGUUCAUUCUGACAGAUAACUGCCUCUAUUACUUUGAGUACACAACAGACAAGGAGCCCAGAGGCAUCAUACCAUUGGAGAACCUGAGUAUUCGAGAGGUCGAAGAUCCCAGAAAGCCAAACUGUUUUGAGCUGUACAUCCCCAAUAACCGCGGACAGCUGAUUAAAGCGUGCAAAACCGAGGCUGACGGGCGAGUGGUGGAGGGAAACCACAUGGUCUACCGGAUCUCAGCUCCCACCCCAGAGGAAAAGGACGAAUGGAUCCACAGCAUCAAGUCUGCCGUGAGCGUGGACCCCUUCUACGAGAUGCUUGCAGCCAGGAAGAAACGCAUUUCCCUGAAGAAAAAAGAAGAGCAACCCUAGAAAUGCUCCAUUUCUCCUCCAUCCUUCCAAACACUCCAUCCAUUCUCUGAGAAACCAAUGAUACUUCAUUAAGGUAGCUCUUGUCCUCUCAUCAGAAGAAUCCGUAAUGCUGGUUUUAUGGAGAGAUGGAUGUCGUUGGGUAAACCUGAACGUCAUCUUCUUUGGUUUGGAUUUAGGUGGUCUGGACUGCACAAUUACCCGUCGCUUAUGUUAAAACUUCUACUACACUCAUACACUACAGUGUUCUUCACUAUCACACUAGUUUGUAGUCCCACGCUAUAUUACGCUGACAUUCCAUAGAACUUCACCGACAAGCAUAACAAUCUGCAUCUCCAUCCUCACCUCAUCA